CACAAUCACAUGAGAAAUCGUUGGAAAGUGAAAACAAAAAUGCAACAGCAAAUUAUUGGCCAAAGCCAGUCGUAGAAUCACAAAAUAAAAUUGAUAUCAACAGCUCUGCAAGAUCUUUGCGCUACCAAAUGUGUUCAUUCUGAUCCAACUUUUCGGAUCACCACACUGGUUUUCUGAAUUUGUAACACCAUCCUCUGAAAAUCAUGACAUCAUAUUGCAUCAUUUGUGGAAAGUGAAGGUCCACAAUACAGGCAAGGCUGUAUACACAGAAGAGACCCACAAACUAUUGAGCGAUGUAAUUUAUUGAAUGUUUCCAAACUGAUCAUAAAGGAAGUGAUUGACUCCAGUUUGUCUCAUGGACGUAUGCUUGAUGACAACCAUGUUCCACUACAGCAGUUUUUUAUAGUUCUUGAGCAUGUUCUGCGCCAUGGACUCAAACCGAAGAAAAGCUUGCUUCGCGAUCGGCGGGAUUUUUGGUGUGUCUUGGAGACAGUGGAGAAAUUAGUCCCAGAAGCUUCUGAGAUUACCACCAGUGUCAGGGAAAUGCCAAACCUAAAAACACCAUUAGGUAAAGCCAGGGCUUGGUUGAGGCUUUCACUAAUGCAGAAAAGUCUAGCUGACUAUCUUAAAAUACUUUGUGAAAGAAGGGACCAAGUUCUCAAUGAAUUCUAUGAGCCAGGUGCCAUGAUGUUAGAGGAUGAAGGCAUGGUAUUUACUGGGCUUCUCGUGGGAUUAAAUGUCAUUGACUGCAACAUGUGUAUCAAAGAGGAAGACUUGGACCAACCGAUGGGGGUCAUAGACUUUAGUUUGUACUUAAACAACAGAAUAAAUGAUGACAUGUCACCAGACAAUGAGAGCCCAGAGACCAAGAACAAAAUGGCCACCAUAUUGGAUCAAAAGAAUUAUCUAGAAGAACUAAACAGACACUUAAAUGCAACAGUUACAAACUUACAACAAAAGCUAGAAAGUGUACAAACCACCAAUACUUUACUGAAGGAGGAUCUUGCCAUUGCUAAAAACACAGCAUUAGAACUACAGGACGAGAACGACACACUCAAGAAUGACCAGGGCUCACUAGUGGACGGCACAAAGAAGCAACUCGAAGCUACCUUGAAACAAGAACAGGCUGCCAAGCAAGACAUAGAAACUGAACGUGAAACAUACAAAACGUCCAGAGAAGGUCUGGACAAUAUGUACACAGACCUGAAGAAAAAACUGGAAGAAGAAACACACGUCAGACUUGAUGUGGAGAAGGAACUAGAGUUACAGAUUAGCAUGAAACAAGAGAUAGAGAUGGCACUGAGAAUUCUAGAGAAGGACAUUCACGAAAAACAGGAUACCAUGAUUUCUUUACGGCAACAGCUAGAAGAUAUCAAAGGCAUUAACCUGGAGAUGUACAAAAAAUUACAGGCUUGUGAGAGUACUUUGAAACACAAAAGUGAACUAGUCUCAAAGUUAGAGGAGAAAACGAACCAGCUAGUGUCCACACUCAAAGACAUGGAGAAAAGAUUAAAACAAGCUGACGCGGACAAACAGGCAGCCGAGGAGACUGCCAGAAAACUCGGCCAAAUCAUUGCCGACAAAGAUUCUAAGAGGACAGCAUUGGAGACCGACCUUAAAAUAGAGAGAGAGUGGAGGGGGACACUUCAGAGAUCUCUAGAGGAGGAAAAGGAAAAGUUGGCUGUGAUACAGACAGACCUACAUAAAUAUAAACAUCUAGAAAAGGAGUACACUACCUUAGAACACCGGCAUCGUGAGAUUCAGCAAACCUGUGAGGAACAAGAAAAGACACUGGCAGAGCUGGGAUCUCAUUUAAGCGAGUCCAAGUUGCGCGUGGAAGACAUGAGGGAAGCCCAGCAGGUGAAAAAGGAGGCUCAGUGGAUGAGUGAUAAAGAGGCCACAAAUUGUAAAGGCUGUAGUAAAGAAUUCUCUAUUUCCAGAAGACGGCACCACUGUCGGAAUUGUGGAGAUAUAUUUUGCAACGAGUGUUCGGACAAUAAAAUGCCUUUGCCAUCCUCAGCCAAGCCUGUGCGUGUGUGUGAUAAUUGUCAUACCGUACUUCUUCAGCGAUACUCAUCAACGGGAAAUUGACAAUGUACAACAGUGGUCAUAUAACUAUGUUGACAAUGCCCGAUACCUUGAGAUAUUAAAUAUAUCUUGACAAGAGAGCUCUACAAGAUGUCUGAAUGGUGAUGAAAUGAUAUGAACCUUUUGUAGAACUUUAACAGAUGUUUCCCAUGACAACCAUUCAGCAAAAGUAUGGUGCAAUCAUUCAUUUAAAAAAAAACAUUCCAGCUUACAGUUCUAUACUCCAGACAUAUCCGAACAGGGUUUGUCACCCCAGUGUAAUACAUUUGUACAUUUAUUUGUAUGCUCUUCAUAUUUCAUCUAGUAUUCAUGGACAGUUUGCUUGUUAUAAUUUCAAAAGCCAUGAUAUGCAAUACAUGUAUUUUAAUUCAUAUAUUUUUAUUUGCCCUGGUAUAUUUUGUUUCCUAUACAGUGGAAUAGAUACACACUAAAUGUAGUCUACCACAGUGCUGUGAUGACACGUUAGAUGCACACAUUAAUGGAGUCUACCACAGUGCUGUGAUGACACGUUAGAUGCACACAUUAAUGGAGUCUACCACAGUGCUGUGAUGACACGUUAGAUGCACACAUUAAUGGAGUCUACCACAGUGCUGUGAUGACACGUUAGAUGCACACAUUAAUGGAGUCUACCACAGUGCUGUGAUGAUACGUUAGAUACACACAUUAAUGGAGUCUACCACAGUGCUGUGAUGACACGUUAGAUACACACAUUAAUGGAGUCUACCACAGUGCUGUGAUGAUACGUUAGAUACACACAUUAAUGGAGUCUACCAGUGCUGUGAUGACACGUUUUUGAGUCUACCACAGUGCUGGGAUGAUACGUUUAUGCAUGGAUGGCCCCUGUGUUCUUACUGCUGUGUAAUAUGUUGAUAGUACUAAGAUGUGACUGAAUAUGGACCAAUUUAUUACAUGCCAAUGUAUUAAGGAUGUGGAAAAUAAAUCAUCAUAAUGACCGACUUCCUUUCAAAUCAUAAAUGGAAAAAUAAAUAUCAGUAAAUCA